UUUAUUUUGUGAUGAGAAUGCAACAAACAAGAAACCUUAUAACACGGAUUCAAAAAAUAUCAUAAACACUACAACGUUUGUUUGCAUUGCAGUGUGCCAUGUUUCAAAAAUGCUAUUUAUCUUUCAACUUUACCAAAUAGUUUCAAACCUUUCAUUUUAAUUGCAGCACUUCAUUGUGUCUUUGGAUUUUAAAUUAAAAAAAAAUGAUGGAGGUUGUGAUUAUUGCACUUGCUGCUACAAUUGGGAAUCUACUUAUUGGUUGGGAUAGUUCAACCAUUGCAGGGGGUAUGACCUACAUCAAACAAGAAUUCGAUUUGGAAAAGGAUCCAACACUUGAAGGACUAAUUGUGUCAAUGUCUUUUAUAACUGGAACUGUUGUAACCAUAUUUUCUGGGACAGUCUCUGAUUUGGUUGGAAGACGUCCUUUGUUGAUAACAUCUUCUGUUAUGUAUUUCAUUAGUGGUUUGGUAAUGUUGAUGGCUCCUAAUGUUACUAUUGUUCUGUUGUCGAGGAUAAUCAGUGGUGUCGCCAUUGCUCUCGCUGUUACUCUUAAUCCUCUUUAUAUAUCUGAGAUAGCACCGCCUGAUAUAAGAGGCCAAUUGAACACUCUUACUCAGUUUGCUUGUUCUGGUGGAAUGUUUUUGGCUUACAUUCUGGUUUUCUCAAUGUCGUUGUUGCAGUCGCCUAGUUGGAGAGUUAUGCUUAGUGUUAUUUCUAUUCCUUCUGUUGCUUAUUUUUUGCUGACCGUGUUUUAUCUCCCGGAGUCUCCUCGGUGGCUCGUAAGCAAAGGUCGAAUGCUCGAGGCUGAGAAAGUUUUGCAAAGACUUCGCUGUGUUGAUGAUGUCUCAGGGGAGUUGGCUUUGCUCGCGGAGGGUCUCAGUCCCGGGGGCGAAGACAUAACCAUAGAAGAAUAUGUAGUUGCACCAGCUACUGAGAUCCUUGUUAACCAAGAAGCAGGGAAAGAUUAUAUAAAACUAUAUGGACCUAAUGAGGGAGUUACAAUGGUUGCUCAACCUACAAACGGACAAGGUAGCAUGCUAUCACGCAGUAUGUUGUCUCAGCACGGAAGCUUCGCAUCUCAGGCAGCUGCUAGUCUCAAGGAUCCUAUUGUCAACCUAUUUGGAAGUUUGCACGAGAGUACUCUCAUCGAUAGUGGUGGUUCGCGCAGCAUGUUGAUAAACAAUGCCAAUAGUAUCUUUAGCACAGGGGAUCCAGAGGCUAGCCCCUUCGGUACCAGUGAUAACCUGCGUGCUCCGCUGAUUUCAUUUCACGGUGGUGCUGAUAAUAGGGCUUAUGGAUCUAAGGACAUGUUAGGUAUGAGGAGCAAUAGCAGCCUGAGAAGUUAUAGUAGUUUGGUUCAUGGGAAUGCCGUUGAAACGCCUAGAAAUACAAACAUUGGUGGAGGUUGGCAAUUGGUUUACAAAUCAACUGAUGAUGCCAUGGGUGGGAAAGGAGAAGGACUCCAAAGGGUUUAUUUGCAUGCAGAUCCUACCACAGUGUCUCAGUCUCCGCAUGUUUCGUUUGCUUCAACUUCUGGUUAUGACAUACCGAUAGAUGGCGGUGAAGCUUUUCAGGCUGCUGGUAUUGUCAGCCGGUCAAUCCUCGGAACUAAUGAUGUGUUGAGUAUGCCGACUGCUAAAGGUCCAAAUUGGAGAGCUCUUCUAGAACCGGGAGUCAAGCGUGCAUUAAUAGUUGGAAUUGGACUUCAAAUUCUUCAACAGGCUGCUGGCAUAAAUGGAUUUCUCUACUAUGCUCCGCAAAUUCUUGAGCAAGCAGGAGUAGGUGCUCUACUAUCAAAUUUGGGACUCAGUUCAAUAUCUGCUUCUUUUCUUGUAAACAUCAUUACAACAUUCUGUAUGCUUCCUUGUAUAGCUAUUGCCAUAAGGCUCAUGGAUGUUGCUGGCAGGAGGUCAAUCAUGCUGUACACAAUACCCAUUUUGAUUGUGUGUCUCCUGGUACUAGUACUCAAGCAGUUUUUCCAAUUUAGUUCUGUCCUAAAUGCAGCAAUUUCAGCUAUCAGUGUUGUGGUAUACGAAAGCGUCUUCUGCAUGGGUCUUGGCGUUAUUCCCAACAUCAUAUGUGCAGAAAUCUUCCCAACGAGUGUUCGCGGAAUCUGCAUUUCCCUUACAUCGCUUACGUAUUGGGUUUGUACCUUGGCUGUCACGUUGACAUUCCCUUAUUUGCUUCAACUUCUUGGUCUUAGCGGCGUCUUCGCUUUAUUUGUUGGUGGCUGCAUCAUUUCAUGGAUAUUUGUCUACUUGAAAGUUCCUGAAACAAAGGGUAUGCCUUUGGAAGUCAUUAUUGAGUUUUUCGCUAUUGGUGCAAAGCCUGGUACUGAUCCUGCAGAAAUCGGAAUGAAAGACUAAUCAUAAUGAUACAAAUACAAAUACAAUCAUCAUCAUCAUCAUCAUCGUCAGAAGCAACAACCGCGUGAAUCAUUGAUUAAAUAAAAUUACCAAUUGAUUUUGAUUCCUCUGAAAGUGAGUUUGAGAGGAUUUUGGUGGAAGGUUGAAAAUUUUUAUCUAGUGUUUGAACACAUAUCAAUAGCUAGUUGAAUUUUUUGAGCAUUUAAGAGAAGUCAAUGUAUUUUAGUAAUUUAUUUACAUCAUACUACUUAUGAUGUGUUAGACCAGUCCUUUUAGAAUCUUAUUGCUAUUCAUUCCUUGGGAUUUGAUUUUUGCUAUCCUUUUAUAAUCUUAUUUAUAACUGAUUUCAAUAGUUC